GGUUUGUGUGUAGGACACCGAGCGUGAGAAAAAAAGAUGCCUUCUUUUCACCGUGGCUGUUGGUUACCACAGUGACAAUAGACUUGAAAGCGCCCAUCUUUUCAUGUCAUUUGACACCGAUUGUUGAUUUAUCCCUUGGCUUGUUCAUGUCCCUCUCUUUGGCCCUCUAUUUCUCUCUGCUUUCCUCGGUUUCUUCAUCAUUUGUAAACCAAAGACAGAGAGUCGAACACCAUGCAGACAACAAUGGAGUAUUUUGGAGCUCAAAUGGCCAAAAGGAAAGCAAUGUGGCUCUACCCUAAAGUCUCAGGCUUUAACCCUUCUGAGAGAUGGGGGCACUCUGCUUGCUACUCUAAUGGGGUUGUUUAUGUUUUUGGGGGUUGUUGCGGAGGUCUACAUUUGAGUGAUGUUCUCAUGCUAAAUCUGAACACGAUGGUAUGGAAAACUAUGGAAACCACAGGGCAGGGGCCUGGUCCUAGAGAUAGCCAUAGUGUUGCUCUUGUAGGGACAAAGAUGAUGGUGUUUGGGGGUACUAAUGGUUCCAGGAAGGUUAAUGAUCUUCACGUGUUGGACUUGAUGUCGAAAGAGUGGACACGAGCUGAAUGCAAUGGCGCCGCGCCUUCACCUCGUGAGAGUCAUACCGCCACGCUUAUCGGUGAUGACAAGGUGGUGAUUUUCGGAGGGAGUGGUGAAGGCGGAGCGAAUUACUUGUGUGAUUUGCAUGUUUUGGAUCUUAGGACUAUGAGGUGGACCUCACCUCAGGUGAGAGGCCAUAUCCCUGUCCCUAGAGACAGUCACAGCGCCGUUGCGAUAGGAAACAAGCUCGUUGUGUAUGGUGGGGACUGCGGUGAUCGAUAUCAUGGAGAUGUCGACAUCUUCGACAUGGAUACUUCAACUUGGUCAAGGUUGGCCGUUCAAGGUUCAUUACCGGGUGUUAGAGCAGGUCAUGCUGCGGUGACUAUCGGAGCAAAGGUUUUCGUCAUCGGAGGGGUCGGAGAUAAACACUAUUACAACGAUGUUUGGGUCCUAGACCUGAAUGCUUGUCGUUGGACUCAGCUAUAUAUAUGUGGCCAGCAGCCUCAAGGCCGGUUUUCGCACACUGCUGUUCUUGCAGAAUCUGAUGUUGCCAUCUAUGGAGGAUGUGGAGAGGAUGAGCGUCCGAUCAACGAGUUGCUGGUGUUACAGCUCGGGACACAGCAUCCGAAUGGUCGAUAUAACAUUUCGAUGUGUAAAGCUUUUGGAGGCCACUGGAACCAAGAAAAGAGAAGAUUCUUAGGAGUAGCACCUAGUAACUCGCAGAAAGGCAUCUGCUUUGCUGAUCUUGAAGUAUCGAAACACGGAGAUAAUGAACGAGAACAAGAAGCAAAGCAUUCUUCUCGGCUCGGUUCAGAUACUUCAAACCCCAAGAGGAGAAGAACUGCCAAUACGAAGGCAUGUGAGGUUGAAUCCGAGCAAGAAGAGCAUUCCCUUUCGCUCUCGCAGCAUUCGUCGCCUUCACAUUCUGAUCAAGAACAAGGCGCGGCACUAAAGCCCCCGGAUUCCACCGCAUCUCACGGCCUUAACUUGCUCAAGCAGUUGCAUCCUAUUCCAAGCGGUUGUCAGAUUAACAAUGAUUCAAAUAACCACAAGCAGACCGGAUACGUGAUCCACAAAACUCGAGAAGGUUUGCAGUAUACGAGAGAGUUUCGAAACCUUCAAAAACCCGAACAAUAUCUACAUGCCGUUCAUACAGGCAGACAAAGAAGCGGAGUGCAAUGCUCCGCCGUGGAACCGAGAUACUUCGAAGCAGGGCCUACUCACAACCUGCUAGGUGCCGAAGUUCAUGGUAAAGUCGACGGAGCAUUCGACUCGGGACUCCUGGUGACAGCAACUGUGAAUGGGAAGAUAUUUAGAGGAGUCUUAUUUGCGCCUGGUUCACCGGGUGUCGUCUCGAGAGGGCCAAUGCUUGCUCCAAGCCCAUCAUCGACACGCCAGGCCGGUGCCGCUCAGCCGGUCCUAAACCCGACCAAUCUAGAACCCUUGAAGCCCUCUCAGUCGCCGACUAUGCACAUUAUGCGGGAAUCCGGUCACAGCACUCGGCAUUUGGCGACUAAUGGUGCUUCAUUAGCAGCAAAACAUCCAAAGCUAAGAAGUGAUCUAGGAGAUGUGGUUCUAACACUAGGAGGACCUGGAACUGGACCUGUUUGACAUGUUACAUGAAAUGAUGAGGACGUAUAUGUACAAGUUCUUUUUUUUUUGUAAAAAAAAUAUGAUUAAUGUGAUUUUGAGUUUUUUUUUA